UAUUUUGAAUUUUGGCAUGACCAAACUACAAUUUGCAGGAAUGCGAAUAAGCAUCCCUCUUCAUCCCACCCAGCCUCGCUAGUGUCAAAACAGGAUUUGGAGAGUGAAAGAACAAAGUUGAGAGCUCCAGCUGUGGGUGGGACACGUGCAAUAACGCCUGAUGUACGCGACAAUCUAAUGGCUGAAAUUAGAAAUGCUGGAGGACUUCGAGCACUUCGCAAAGAUUCGCAUCCUACAAGAGGUUUAUGUGGAAUCGAAUGGCUAUCAGGAAUGGAAGAGUAUCGCAUGCCGGAUAGCUUCACAGCCGAGUUCGAUCUGGAUCGACCUAUCGCUGUUUAA